AUGGCCACUCUCAAUCAAGGCCAGAAUCGCUACGUUCUGAUUGUGUAUCGUAAUGCUGUGGCUGCUCUCGUUCUUGCACCUUUUGCACUAUUUUUUGAAAGGAAAGUGAGGCCAAAGAUGACACUAUCGGUUUUCUGGAAAAUAGUGCUACUCGGUUUCUUAGAGCCAAUCUUGGACCAGGGUUUUGGCUACUUAGGGAUGAACAUGACAUCAGCAACAUAUACAUCUGCCAUCAUGAACGUUCUUCCUUCUGUUACAUUCGUAAUCGCUUGGAUUUUAAGAAUGGAGAAAGUGAAAAUAGUAGAGGUACGAAGCCAAGCAAAGGUCAUAGGGACAUUGGUAGCUCUUGGAGGGGCAUUGGUAAUGACAUUGUACAAAGCUCUUGACAGUCUCACUCAAGAUACUGAGAAGUCCAAGUCUGUCAAACUUUUCACGAACACUUGGUCAAAACAGGCCGAUGCUAUCAAGGAACCACAUUUCUCUUCCUUCUUGCAGGAUUUGUUACUUUACUUUCCAGGUUGUAUCUCUGCAGACGAAGUUGGAGAUCGUCUGUUUCUCUCUGACAGCAACCAUCAUCGUAUUAUUAUAUUCGACAAUAGUGGGAAGAUUUUAGACAGUAUUGGUUGUUUCCCAGGUUUUGAGGAUGGAGAAUUUGAAUCUGCAAAGAUGUUACGUCCUGCAGCGACCCUUUAUGACAAAGAGGAGGAUUGUCUUUACAUUGUAGAUUCUGAGAACCAUGCCAUUAGAAGAGCAAAUAUAAAGACGCGGGUCGUGGAAACGGUAUAUCCAAAGGUUAUUAAAAAAAGUGGUGGCAUAUGGUCUUGGAUGAUGGAGAAAAUGGGGCUUGGAAAAGAUGAUGACGCAACAGUUGAUGCUGAUGCCAAAUCAGAAGAAUCUGAUGCUCACUCCCUGAUGUUUCCAUGGCAUAUACUGAAGCGUGACAAUGAUAGUCUUUUAGUCAUUAACAAAAGCUUUUCGAAGUUGUGGAUAGUUAAUUUAGCUUCAGGAGAGAUCGAAGAAGUCGUGGAAGGAUUUCCGGGUAUAAUGGAGGUCUGUGGGGAAUUGAUGACGGAGAAGCUAUCAGUCUUGAAACAUUUGCCUUCUAAUUGGUUGCAACAGCAAACUAAGGCUAUCUCCUCAUGCAAGGAGCAGCCAAAUGCUUCCCUUUUGUCUUCUUUCACUGAAUUUGGAGACGAGAUUGUCAUGACUGAUAUAGCUGGUCAGAGAGUGUUGAAGCUAAAUACAGAAUCCGGAGCACGCUCUAGCAUACAGUUUUCAAACAUCGGGAUCCUUGGGUUGCCCUAUUGGUUGUCCAUUCCUCUGGAGAGAGUUUUUAAUCUAGCUAAUGGAGUUCAGGAAGCACACGUCAGUCAUACUCAUGAACUCCGGUUAUUGCCAGGUAAAAUUAGCAUACGGUUGAACAUAGAGAUACCUAAAGGCACGGAGCUUGUUGAACCGAUACAAGAAAGCUGCGUAUGGCGACAGGCAAGAGGCGCAAUCAAUGAUGUCUCGAGUGCUGGAAGUGCAGCGGAACAACCUUCUGAAAAGGUUGGAGUCUCACAACAAUGGUAUGAUGAAUUAGACAGCCUCGCCAAAGAAAUAGCCAACCCUGAAUUAGCUGAGGAAGAGGAAGAGCAAGAAGAAGAUAUUAACCCUUCUGAGAUCGAAAGUGAAGAUGAUGGACGGAUACACAUCGAUUGCAUUAUCAACACAAGUCCAGGCACAAGCGAGCUUAUUGUUUAUGCAGCUUUGUAUUUAAGACUGGCGAAGAACGAAGAGACGGAAAGUGCGAGCCAGGAAGAGCUGGCGAGAAGAGUAGCAGAGAUAUUAAAGCCAACAAGGAACAUGACGACGAUGAAUGAAGAUUUGUUUGUGGAAGUGUUGUUGAAGUCAAAGAGACAAGUGAGAGACAUUGUGUUCGUGAAGCCAAUGCAUGUGCGUAUUAAGUUAGACUCGAAGGAUCACCCAAAAGCCGAUAACUCGAGAGACGUGAUCUUGACCGAUUCUUCUGCUCAGGUCGAUGUCUCUCUCUGA